GUGAUGUCGAUGUAGAGGAUGUCCACGGCGGCCAUGGACAAGCUGCUGCUGCUGAGCCUGCAGCUCCUGCCGAAGAUGGGAAGGGAUACGUCACGGGCCAGACCCAGCCUGUCCCGUCCUGCCCCACCUCCAAGCCUUGGGUCCGGCUGUGUGCCCCCUCCCCCUGCACAGCUGGAACUGGUGCAAGAGCUGGAACCCUCUUGGCCCCAUCAGAGGCUGCCUACGGCUGACCUGUCAGUGAGCAGCCCCAUCCUGUCUAGAGAAAGGGAGCUCACCAUUUCUGGGUACAAGAGCUUGGGCUGUUCAGAAUGGAGGUGGCCCUCUGCUUGUCCAGAGGCACCGCCUCUCGGAACAGGAUCAUACUGGGAGGCCAUCAAUUCACAUCCAGCUUCCUCCUGGGCUCCGGCUCCGUAUUUCAAUCACAAGUCACCAUGGCAGACUUCAAAGCACAUCAGCGCACGGUUAUUGAGCCCCAGUAACAACAUGUCAGUGGACGCAGAGCUUUUCACGUCACCUGUCACCGAGAUGGCUAUCUCUAUUGGGUUCUGCGGGGAGCCACGCUCCAGUCUCUCCCAAGGAAUUCUAACAACCCGAACCAUUCAUUUCCAAAGCUUCAUUAGAAACAGCUACUGGUUUUCUCUAAUUAUCAGACCAGUGUCCUCCGGACAACCCGCUCCCCACAGGACACGAGCUCUGCCUGGCUGGCUCUGUGAGUUCUCUUCAAGGCCCUUGGAGAGGAAGAGUGGGCAAGACAGAGGAAAAGCCACGGUUUCGCCCGUGCGGUUUGCGUGGGAGCUCUAAAAGGAGGCGCUCUCGCCAGCAAACGUGUCCCUGACGCGGUGCUCCAGAGAAGGGCAGCUCGGGUUCGAUGGAACAUAUGGCGUAAAUAUUAUUAAUUCGUAAUGAAGCAAAAUUUACACCCGAAGUGGAAAGGGGAGAGCGCAUGGUUGUUAGCAAGAGAAAACGCUGGCUGUUAAAUUUAGCUAGCAAGACGGAACACAUUCAGAUAUAAAUCUGAAAGCAGAGAAGAUCAUUGUUUACGACAAAGUUGCUGUUGAGAUGUCUUGGUACAUUUUAAACGGAGAAAUCUAUUAACUCACCGUUGUGCAUGUUUUCUCCAUUUCUUCCUGCCUCCUUAAUUACUCAGGAUGCUGCCUGGGUGCAUGCGGAGGGAGAGGCGAGGGGCUCAAGGGCUGAGUCCUACUGCCCCCAGGGCUGCCCUUCCUCACCUGGAGACAUGUCACUUCUCCUGGUCACCAUGGCUCCCAGGAGCAAUACAGGGCGCGGAUUGGGAAUGGUGGCUGCAGGACCAAGAGUCUCAAAUACUGGUUUUUCAUGCAAAUACCCUUAAUUAUAGAGAACAAAGGGAUGGAAAGCUCACAAAGCCUCUCACACAGAGACAUAUUUGUAGCGAUAUUUUUGAAUCAUCCAAUUCUAGUCUGAGAGCAUUUUAAGAAUCCUCUUUGCUAGAAUCAUCUUCUCAAUUCUUUUUAAGAAUUUUCAAGAUUGGAGUUCCCGUCGUGGCUCAGUGGUUAACGAAUCUGACUAGGAACCAUGAGGUUGCAGGUUCGAUCCCUAGCCUUGC